AUGUCGCUCCCCAGCUACUGCUACUGGUCUGCAUACACUAAAAUUGUCUGCGGGAAUAAAGGGAACACUGCAUAUAGUCCAACUGGACGUUGCAGACGCAGCAUCUAUAGAAAGCGGCGCAAGGAAGUAUUAAAGUUAUUGAAUGGCAAGGGCCUCGACUAUGUGAUCAACAAUGCUGGAAUCGCAUUCGGGGCAGAUUUCGCAUUCAAUUUUUCACCUGAAGACCUGCUGAAAUGUAUGACGUCAAAUGUCAUUGGCCCUGCACUUAUCUCGCGUGCUUUAUAUCCUGCUAUUGAGAAGAGCACUCGAAAGGUCGUUGUAAAUAUAACGAGCGGAUUGGCUAGCAUCCAGAAUGACCAUGGACCCAAGGCCACGAGCUACAGCAUCAGUAAAUAUGCUCUCAAUAUGCUGACUUAUAAGCAAGCGCGAGAAAAACCAGAUCUGAUCGCUUUCGUUGUUGAUCCUGGACGGGUCAAGACCGAUUUGGGGGGUCCCGGUGCGGUGCUAGAGCCUCAUGAGUCGGUGUCUAAGAUUUUGAAGCAUGUAUCUGGCGCUACACCUGAUUGUGCUGGAAGAUUCUUUGGCUAUCGGGGGAACGAAAUUCCUCGGUGA